UUAGCGCAUGUGGCAAAAGUGAAAGCCGUCAUUCCCAAGAGAGCACUUUGCAAAGGAUUGUGAAUGGUAGAAGUGCCCGGCGCCGGCCACGCGCCAACCUAAUAGUUUGUAUGACCGACAAAUAACCCGACACGCGCAGAUUUAAAAAAAUCCGAUCGGCGCGCGCUCUGGAAUCCUAAAGAAAUGAAUCAAGAUGAACGGCACGUGUGAAACCAUAAUAAUGUAGCAAGGCAGUAACGCCCGCGGCGUGUUUUCCAUUCCCCGACUAGGUGAUGUCACCGUAAAUUUGGCUAAAAUAUCUGAAAAGGAAAGGAAGAGAAAAACACACAGAAAAGGAAGUCUUCGAAGAACUCCGAAAAAACAUCGGCGUGAGGAGGGGUGUCGCCGGGAAUGCCAACGAGAAAUAGAUUUUCCUUCACUUUAUAACUAAGGAAGGGAAUUUACGAACUCGCUGGAUUACAUUUUGAAUGGUUCUGUUUACUAGGAGAUAUAUUUUUGGAUGGAUGGAUUAAUGUGGAUAUCAGUGAAGUUAUUAUUCGCUUGUACCAGGUAGAAGUCAGGUGAACACCUGUGGAUGAGACUAUGUGGUCCUCAGCACUCUCCAUCCUGCUGUUUUAUCACAUCCUGUUUCAGACCACAGGAGGCAGCCGUACACCUGUGACAGGUGUCCACUGUCCUCCCUUGCAGGUGGAAGACUGGGAUGUUCCCCAGGGGGCCAGGUCGAACAUCACAGGUUUUAAUCUGGUGCAGCGUUUGUCUCUGUGGGAGGCCCCUGAGGUGGAGAAGAUUUGGAACCCAAAAGGCUCGGUGGUCCUGAGGCUGGGCAGGGUCUCAGUCACCACAGCAACCAGACAGGUGUUUCCUGAUGGUGUACCUGAGGAGUUUACGCUGGUCUUCACCCUGCGGGUGAGGAAGAGGUCUGUGCAGGACCAGGUGUCCCUGCUGCUGCUGACAGAUGAACAGGGAACUCCCCAGUUCUCUCUGGAUCUCAGUGGGGCGGGGCGUACCCUCUCCCUGCUCUGGACUCAGGGGGGCGGAGCUGGGCUCAGGGAGCAUUUGAUUGGCUGUGUGUUCAGCGGGGAGGGGUCAGGGUCGCUCUUUGACUCCCAUUGGCACAAGGUUGUGCUGAGCGUGCAGGAGGGUGUGGCCUCGCUGUACGUGGACUGCGGCUCCAUAGAGACCAGGCCUCUGGGACCCAGGGCACGGCUGAGCACACUGGGACACACUCACCUGGGCACCCACUCCACGGACAGGAGCCCUGCACAGCUGGAUGUUCAGCAGGUGAUGCUGUACUGUGACCCCUCCCUUGGUGAGCUGGAGGUGUGCUGUGAGAUCCCUGGAUCCUGGUGCCCCCCCAGUGCCGUUAAGAGUCGGCGAGACACAGACAGCAGCUUCUUCAGCAACCAGUUUGAGCUGGGGCUACAGUCCAAUGCCCAGGUUGAAGGGGGGACUCUGGGAAACGCAGGACUUUCUGCCUUUAAAGGGGAGAAGGGAGAUCCGGGGCUGGGCUGUGCUGGAUCGAGAUUCCCAAGCUCAUGCUCAGAGGGACCCCAGGGAGAGACGGGCCAGAAGGGAGAGCCGGGGGAGGCAAACGUGGCGGGAGAGCUUCAUAACUGGGGCAACUGGGCCCUGAAACUUAAGGGGUCUAAAGGUGACAAAGGAGCCAGAGGUCUUCCUGGUGUCAAAGGGGUCCCAGGAAAAGCCGGUGCAGAAGGCUCAUUCUGUGUUGUCGGGCCCAAAGGCCUGAAGGGGUCCACAGGUGCGGUUGGGCGGGAGGGGAAACCAGGUUUACCUGGACGUCCUGGAAAACCUGGGAUCGGGAUACCAGGUCCCCCUGGGAAGCCUGGAGGACCCCCCGGAACCAAAGGGGCCAAGGGGGAUUCUGGGACUCCUGGCACAGAUGGUAACCCUGGAGACCCUGGACCCCAAGGCCCAGCUGGGGAUCAGGGUCUGAAGGGAGACCCCUGUGAGCCAUGUCCAGUGCUGGUUCCAGAUUGGGGGCCCAAAGGGGAGCGUGGGGCCCCGGGACUGGGAGAACAGGGUCCCCCGGGUCCUCAGGGUGUGAAUGGGACAUCAGGCCCUAAGGGAGAACCAGGGUCAGAUGGAUCCAAAGGUGAAAAGGGGGACCCGUGCACAGAGCCAGAUGGGGUGAAGCCUAACCCUAUGCAGGAUGCCAGGAAGGGGCAGAAGGGAGAGACGGGAGAUCCAGGUGUGUCAGGGCCUAAAGGAGACAGAGGUGAACCUGGCCUUCCAGGACCUGAGGGGCCCCCAGCUGCCCCAGGGCCCCCGGGACUGGGCGGAGUGCCAGGGAGCAGAGGACAGGCUGGCCAGAAGGGUCAGAAGGGGGACUCCUGUGGAAUCUGUCUAUCUAACCUCACGGGGGUUCCAGCUGCAGUGGGAUCUCAGGGGCUGAAGGGGGAGAUGGGGGAACCUGGCCUCCCCACUCCAGGCCCUCCUGGGGCACAUGGUGAGCCUGGUCCUCCUGGCAUUGCUGGCUCUCCAGGUGUAAAGGGCAAACAGGGUCCAGAAGGAGUUGCAGGCAUGGGGAUCCCUGGCCCUAAGGGAGAAGUCGGAACCAAAGGCCUUCCUGGUGAUAUGGGUCUCCCAGGGGAAAAUGGACUUCCUGGUGACCCUGGAGUCAAAGGACAGAAGGGUGAAGAGGGUGAGAUGGGACCUCAGGGGCCCCAACGGGUCAGAGUCACAGGACCAGCAGGGCCCCCUGGUGCACACGGCACUCCUGGACUGCCUGGUGUGCCAGGAAAGUCAGGCCAACCGGGACAAAAUGGGACCAAAGGUGACAAGGGUGAUCUGGGAGAGUGUAACUGUCAGCUCACAAACUUCAUCAACACAGGAGUACAAGGGCCCCCAGGACCCCCCGGCCCCCCCGGCCCUCCGGGGCCAGCAGGCUCUGAUGGUUCACCUGGAGGGCAGGGCAUCCCUGGUAAUGACGGGGCCCCUGGGCAGCCAGGUCUACCUGUUACUCCGACUCCUCUCCCACUCCUCCAGACCAACCUCAAGGUGGUUUGUGAGGACUGCACUCUGGGAGGUCCGGGUGUGCCGGGUGUGAGGGGUAUAAAAGGAGAGAAGGGAGAGCCUGCAGAGGAGGGGCUGCCUGACGACUGUGAGCGUUGCAUCCCGAGUCCUCCGAGUGAGGAAACGCCGCCGUUUGGGGGUUCGGGGUGCCAUGGGGUGCCAGGGAUUCCUGGUCCGCCAGGACCUCCCGGUCAGAAGGGGGAGCAGGGUCCGAAGGGACUCAGUGGCCCCGUUGGACAAGGGGGACCUCCAGGGUUCCAAGGCCCUCCUGGGAAACUGGGGCAGAAGGGGGAGAAAGGCCAGCCAGGAGAGCUGGGAAGGAAAGGACAACAGGGCUCUCCAGGGAAGCAGGGCUAUCCAGGAGCGCUGGGCCCCCCUGGGAUUUACGGUCUGAAGGGUGAAAUGGGGGAGACAGGUUAUGUGGGGAAGAGUGGAGAAGCAGGAGUAGCAGGACGUCCUGGACAGCCGGGACUCCCUGGCCCAACGGGACCAAAAGGUGCUGUGGGUGAUACAGGACUGCCUGGAGAGAAGGGGGAGCAGGGUUCCCAAGGACCACUGGGGCUCCCAGGACUAGAAGGACUUCCUGGAUUCACUGGCACGUCAGGCCGUCCGGGCCCCCCCGGCCCCCCUGGAGAAAAGGGCAGUCAGGGAGAAGCGGGCUCUGAGGGACCCCCUGGAACCCUCGGCCGGCCUGGGACCCCAGGACCCCCGGGGCCUCCAGGGAUUCCUGGCUCGGAUGGAAAGGAGGGGUCACCUGGAGUCAAGGGAGAUGCAGGUUUUGCUGGCCCUCCUGGACCUAGCGGCCUCCCAGGAACCAUGGGAAUUCCAGGGCCUCAUGGCCCUCCAGGGCCAAAGGGAUGUGUUGGUCCUCCAGGUCCAUAUGGAUUACCAGGCCUCCAAGGAAUGGAGGGUGACCUUGGAAUGCCCGGUGAAGAGGGAUCCCAGGGGCCCCCAGGAACUCCUGGAUCUCAAGGCCCAUCUGGUCCACCCGGUCCACCUGGACCACACGGCCCGGACGUUCAGGGAGAAGAGGGGGACAGAGGGGCAGCAGGGGAAAGAGGAGUACCAGGACUGGCAGGCCCUCCUGGGCCUACGGGACGUCCCGGUUCAGCAGGGGAGCCGGGCAAAGAUGGUUCUCCAGGCAAAGACGGGUCUCCAGGACACCCAGGAAUGAGGGGACCCCCUGGUCAGAAGGGGGAGGCGGGGCCUGUAGGGCCGAGGGGUACCCCAGGGGAGCCAGGUGACCCCGGCCCGCCCAGCGGGGGGUACUCCUCGUGGAAGUCCUCUGGUGGGGGUCUGAGGGGUCUCAUGGGCCCCCACGGGGAGCCUGGAGAGGAGGGGGACCCCGGCCCCCCAGGGUCCACCGGCACCCCCGGAACACCAGGGUUACCUGGGAUACAGGCUCCAGUGAACUAUGAUGAAAUUGAGAGCUUAAUUCGCCAGCAGGUCAAUAGGAUCUUUGAUGAGCGGCUGGUCUCCUACCUGUCCCACAGACAGGCGCCGCCGGGCGUGGUCUCCCCCCGUGGCCCUCCGGGGCCCCCUGGGCAGGACGGAGUACCUGGGGAACAGGGCUGUGCCGGCCAGCCCGGCCUACCUGGACAACCUGGCCAGCACGGGCCCGGGGGACCUCCAGGUGCGGUGGGAGUGAAAGGGCAGAAGGGGCCGGUGGGGGACGCAGAGGUGGGGCGCAGGGGCAGGUCUGGAGCUCCAGGUGUUCCCGGGCCCCCAGGCUAUGGGACAGUAGGCCCCCCAGGACCGGUGGGACUGCAGGGAGUGGCGGGCCCCCCAGGGCCCCCGGGCCCCCCCGGACAGGCCGGGGAACGAGGCCGGUGUGACCCCUCCGGCUGCCGAAACAUACGGCCCGUUCAGUUCAUCCCUAAGGGCCCUCUGUGGAGGGGAUGAGUACAGAGGAGAGGGGGAG